UUCCAUGGAAAAACACAUAAAAAGAAAGAAUGUAAGCUAAAGAGGCAUCGCAAGAAGAACACUCGCUUUUUGCGUACCUCGAAUUGAUGGUUAACGCACCAGAAUACAAACAAAAGACAUUGAAAACAACACCCAACAGAACUCUUCCCUACACCAUCUCCUCCCAACAAUGGCAUGAUCCUUUCCCUGUUCCUCUACCACCGGGCACCACCCUCCAUCAUCACCACAACCCUUCUCUCUUCUUAUCCUGUACACCCAUUUUCUUGUCAAAGAUAAAUUUGUUCAUUCCAUCAACGUCUCAGAUUGGGAUAUCUUGGGAGAUGCGAUUGGGUCAGCGUAACUGAGAGAUGUGGGAUGCUUCAGGCAUUAAUGAAUCUGCUUUCUUUAUGUUUUAGGCCUUUUGGGCUCGGUAGCUGCACUAGUGGCAAGUUUGACUCUGCUGGUGUUGGUAGAGAAAAGAGAGACGGGUUGCUUUGGUAUAGAGAUACUGGAAGAUAUGGGUCUGGGGAUUUUUCAAUGGCUGUUAUGCAAGCUAAUCAAGUACUCGAGGAUCAGUGCCAGAUCGAGUCUGGAUCGUUCGGGACUUUUGUUGGUGUUUAUGAUGGUCAUGGUGGUCCUGAUGCCUCUCGCUAUGUCUGUGAUCACUUGUUCAGGCACUUUCAAGCAAUAUCAGCUGAGACACAGGGAGUUGUGACAUCAGAGACUAUUCAAAGAGCUUUUCAAGCAACCGAAGAAGGGUUUACUGCUCUCGUGUCUGAGUUAUGGACUACUUAUCCCCAAGUUGCAACUACUGGAUCUUGCUGUCUAGUUGGAGUCAUAUUUCAGCAGACUCUCUUUGUGGCAAACUUGGGAGAUUCUCGAGUCGUGUUAGGGAAGAAAGUUGGCAGCACUGGUGAAAUUGCUGCUAUUCAGUUAUCAACAGAACAUAAUGCAAACAUUGAGGCCAUCAGGCAUGAACUUAAGGAGUUGCAUCCAAGUGAUCCCCAGAUUGUUGUUUUUAAACAUGGAGUUUGGAGAGUAAAGGGGAUUAUUCAGGUUUCUAGAUCUAUAGGCGACCUGUAUAUGAAACAUGUGCAGUACAACAGAGAACCAAUUAAUGGAAAAUUCAGACUUCCUGAACCAAUGAACAUGCCUAUCUUGAGUGCUAAUCCAACUAUCAUUUCCCAUCCUCUCCAUCCGAAUGAUUCCUUUCUUAUUUUUGCAUCCGAUGGGCUUUGGGAACACUUGAGUAAUGAGAAAGCUGUGGAUAUUGUCCACAGUUAUCCACAUGCAGGAAGUGCCAAAAGGCUUGUCAAGGCUGCACUCCAAGAAGCAGCAAGAAAAAGAGAGAUGCGGUAUUCAGAUUUACGUAGGAUUGACAAGAAGGUUCGACGCCACUUUCACGAUGAUAUAACAGUCAUUGUUUUAUUCUUAAAUCACGAUCUUAUAUCUAGAGGCACAGUGCAAGACCCUCCACUUUCUGUACGAAGUGCUCUGGAACACUGAUCAUUUGAAAACUCGUUCACGUAUUCUCUGCUUCCUUUGCUCUGUUAAGUUCAAGACGGAUGCUACUGGAUACUAAUGCUGAGACAUGCUCUUCUUUAUUGAUUUGGAGUGCACUGACAAAGCUGUUGUUGUACUACUGGAUACUAAUGCUGAGACUCACUUGUAUAAUGUUGCUUCGGUAGAAAAUUACUUUUGAUUUGCUACAUAUAGCCCAUGUAUACCCUUUUAUAAUGUAAUCUACUUGUUCCCAGACUCAGUUUUCGUA